AUGCCUCCUGGUUUCUUCUUCACAUGUGACCAUUAUUCCGUGCAGCUCCUACAUACUGAUAGACUGUUUCAGGCGUUACCUUUCCUGCCGACGGCGAUAGAGACUGUGGUCUUCCAAACAACUGGAGAACUCAAGCAAAAUGGAGCAAGAGUGUCUGGUCACUCCUGCGAAUGUAACGAGACACUCCUAUCCGCUGCACUCGUGAGCGCCCCCUGUAGUGUGGACCUGCAGCAGUACGCUUGCUCUUCGUUCACCGGCUUCACUGCUGGAAACCUGGCUGGACUCCUGAAGUGUCAACUUUCCAGCAGCAGAAGUUACUCCAAGGAGAUCUGGAAACUGUUUUUCAUCAAAGCAAAUGAUGUUCUGGACGGAGCCCUCGUCAUCUUCUCCAGCGCAGCAGCAAAUAUGUCUCAGCCAAUCAGAGGUGAUGUCGUGUCCCAAUUGCUGGAUGUGGUUGGAGAGCUGAGACUGGAGCGCAUCAGUCCUGACCAAUGGACAGACUUCUCUUUCAUCAGCAUGUUGUUGGGUCAAUAUCUGAAGCCGUUUUUACCAUUUGCGUCACCAUCCCUACUGCUGUGCACCAGCAGCAAAAACCUCAGCUGCCAAACUUACCAGCACAUUCUGUCAGAGGUCCCACUCGUCAAUGAGACUCAAGGAAGAGACAUGGCGAACUUCUUCAUUCUGCCCUCCCUGAGAAGAAACGCAACAGAUGCGGGCUGUGUGUCGACUGUUAACAACAGUGUUGAGUGGCUGCAGAAGAACUUUGGCCCGUUUUCUCAGUUCGUGUCUCUCACAGAUCUGCUCUCCAUCAACAGACUCUUUGAUCCCGUAUGUCUCCACAUCUGCACCUGUGAUUUAAUCAAAGACGAUUUAUAAAAAUAACACCACCAUCACUUUACCCUUCACUGAUAGUCGCUUAUUCUUCCGUGUGUGUUUAGUUGGAGACCCUGGACAAUCUCACUCCAAAGCAGGUCGUUGGACUGUUGGUUGAAGAGCUACCUGGUCUCCCAGAGAAGAAAGUCGUCAUCAAUACAGUGUUUGAUCAUCUGCUUGUGUCUCCUGUGGAGCGUGGACUUCCUGAUGUUCUUCAAAACCUGCUCUCAAUCUCA